UAUAAGAAACUUUUCUGGCAGAGAUAUUGUCACCUAUCUUUAUUGUAGUGGUAGUUGUUGCAUAGCUUUAGCGACUCUGCAACUUCCGAUCAAUUGAUGGCUUCUCGCCAGGAAAGAACAAGCAGUACAAUUGGGCCGAAGCAAUAUAGUUUUGAAGAAUUAGUAGUGGCAACUGGUGGUUUCUCCCGCAAAAACCUCCUUGGCGAGGGUGGUUAUGGUGAAGUCUUCAAGGGAUUUCUAGAUGAGUACCGUGCUAUUAAAAAACUUAGAAUUAUUUCGUCGGAUGAACAGAGGAAAAAAGAAUUGGAGCACGAGAUCAAGGUCAUUAACAGUGUCAGUCACAGAAAUCUUGUUAAGCUGGUUGGCUACUGCAUUGAAGAAAACGAUGUGUUGCUCGUUUUAGAGUAUUUUCCAAAUAAGUGCUUGAAAUAUAAUUUACAUGAAAGAAAAGAGAGGAUUUUGGUUUGGCAAGAAAGAAUGCAAAUCGCCAAAGGCUUAGCGAAAGGACUGGAAUAUUUGCAUGAAUACUGUAAUUUCAAAAUCAUACAUCAAGAUAUCAAACCUGGUAAUAUUCUUCUCGAUAACAACUUUGAACCAAAGAUUGCAGAUUUUGGACUCGCCUUAUUUCUCCCAGAUAAUGCUACUCAUGUUUCCCAAUCAGCUGUGGGAACUGAAGUUUAUAUGGAGAAAUCAAAAAGAAUUUCUAAGAAAUCAGAUGUUUAUUCAUUUGGUAUAGUGCUUCUUGAGCUGAUCACCGGCAGAAAACCAAUAUGCGAUGGCAUUGAUAUUGUUAACUGGGCAAAAAAUCCAAUUAAACAAGCUUUGAUGGGACAGUAUUCGGGUUUUGUCGAUUCCAAAUUGCAAAGCUAUAAUGUAGAAGAAAUAAAGCUGAUGAUUUGUUGUGCUGAACACUGUGUUUAUAAACCUUCAACGGAUCGUCCAAGAAUACGAGAGAUAGUUCGAGUUCUUGAAGGAUUUAUUCCUCCUCAGGAUAAGGAUGCUAAUGACUUCCUCCAGCAUAGGGUGCAGAAGCUUUCCAUCAUUCCAGAAACUGAUGAUAAUGACAGUGUGGAGUCUGAAGUUUAUAGUACGAGGAUGUUUUCUUAUCAACAACUUGAACGAGCGACUCAAGGUUUCUCCCAAUUUCUUGGUGAGGGAAGUCUAGGUCAAGUUUAUAAGGGAUACCUGGAUGGCAAAGAAGUUGCUGUAAGGCAACUUAAACAGCUUCCAGAUGAAAAACAAAGGGAAAAUUUGGAGAAAGAUAUUAAGAUCAUUGGCAGUGUGAAUCACCCAAAUCUUGUCAGGCAGCUUGGGUACAGCACUCAAGGACUCAAUAGAUUUCUUGCUCUAGAGUUUUUCCCCAGUAUCUCCUUGAAAUCUCUUUUACAUGGGAAGCGAACUUUGGAGUGGUCAGAAAGAGUAAAAAUCGCAAUAGACUCUGCAAAAGGUUUGGAAUAUCUUCAUGAAAAUUGUAAAAUUAUACAUGGAGAUAUUAUGACAAAUAAUAUUCUUAUUGAUAAUAAUUUUCAGUCAAAGGUUACAAACUUUGGACUUAUCAAGUAUUACAGAUCUGAGAGAACUGUUGUGUAA